CGUGAUCUCUUGCCCAUAGGCAUUACCGUAGGCAACUCAUGUUCGGACAAAAUGACCGAAGAUGGACACAUGUCGAGCAUCAACUUGUACAAUCAGGCGGAGCAUACAACUCCAUACCAUUGUGACUUUUACAAAGUUUCACAUAGACAGACAUACAGACAGAUAUACAGACCGACACACAGACAGACAUACAGACAAAGACACACUGACAUUCGGACGUACUUGCAGCAACGUGUUUGCGAGCAGAUCUUUGUGCGUGGACGAGAGCAGGCACCGGUACAUUCUACCCCCAUUUGCCAAGUUUGUCUUGAUCCAAAGAGCUAUCACAUGACUUGGAUAGCCACGUUUAUGCCUUCUGUACCUCCCUUUCAUCUUCUUCACCACCGGAGGCUCUGCGGCAUCACCAUGCCCCAGACGAGAGGAGACGGGGCCUUGGGGGAUGAGCGUCUUUUGAUGGGCGAUGCCAACACCGAUCCCGUGGCCUCGAUGGAGGCUGAAAAAGAGCAAACUGCUGGGGUGAAGAGGGCGUCAGUUGUCCUGAACAAAAUCAACCUCCAGGGCGACACGGUGAGAUCUGAUUCUAAGCUGAAAAAUGGUACAUUUAUCCCAAGCACAAGACCCCUCAAUUAG